AUGGCUUCCAGCACAGCUGACCCAAAUAGCGUCUCCCACAAUGUCAGCUUCUGCCUUCCUCACCACCCACCCCGGGCAGCCAGUGUGAUACUCUGUCUGUUCUACACCAUCCUUUUGGUCUUCAGCACCCUGGGAAAUAUCCUUGCCCUUUGCCUAGCCUGUCAAAAGGGCAAGAAGAUCAACUCAACAGAUGUCUACUUGGUCCACCUGGCAGUGUCUGACCUUCUGUUCACGCUGGCCCUGCCUGGGAAGAUCACCUAUUAUGCACUAGACUUCAGCUGGCCUUUUGGUGAAGGGCUUUGCAGGCUGACAGCGUUCAUAUUCUACUUGAACACCUAUGGUGGGGUCUACCUCAUGACUUGUGUGAGCGUGGAUCGCUAUCUAGCUGUGGUCCGCACCCACCAGUGCCCCCGGCUCCACAGUGCCAGCCAAGCAAAGCUCAUCUGUGUGGCCAUCUGGGCCCUGGCAGUUCUGCAGACAGUGCCUCUCCUCCUGAUAAGCAUGACUAAGCCCGUGGCAGGCAGGAUCACCUGCAUGGAGUACGUCAGCAUUGAGAAGGUCUUUAGGCUGCCUCUCAUAAUCCUAGUAGCCUGUGUUAUAAGCUUCUGUGGGCCAGUGGGGAUCAUGUUAUUUUGUUACGUGAAGAUCACAGUGAAGCUGUGCAGGACUGCUCAGGAAAACCCUGUGAUGAGUGAGAAAGGGCACCACCGGAGGGCCUGCCUGCUCACUCUGGUGGUGCUGGUGGCCGUGAUUGUGUGCUUCAGCCCUUACCAUCUCAACAUCAUUCAGUUCAUGGUGAGACAGACACUCUACCUGCCAUCUUGCCCUGAGCAGACAGCUUUUAAAGUGUCCCUUCAGCUCACCGUGUCCCUCAUGAACAUGAACUGUGGCAUUGACCCUAUUAUUUACUUCUUUGCAUCUACGCAUUACAGGAAAUGGCUCCUCAGCAUUUUAAAACGAAGAGCAGCAGCAUCCUCCUCUUCAUCCCUGGGGAGAACUUCCUCAGAAAUACAAAGUACCAACCAGACCAGAGGCUCCAUGCCUUUAGAGGAAAACAAAGUCUAAUGAGUCAUUGGCUUAUACAAUUUGGGGGGGGGGAUUCUUUAAGCAAAACAUAAAUAAAUACAAAACUAGAUAAAGAGCCUUGGAUGGUGAGUAAGGAGCCCUAAGAUUUGAACUUCAUUAGCUUCAUAAUGAAUCCACCUCCAAUGUAUCAUAAUAAAUAAC